GAAAGAAGAAGAAGAAGCCGCGGGGUGAGAACGGUAACGGCGGCCUGACGCAGUUAGUUUUCGGCUCUGCGAAUUAGCGGCUCGUACCGAGAAGUAAUGGUUAUCUGUAGCGGACUUUGGAUGCUGCCGUCCCUGACUUCCACGCCGCUGUACAAGGUCGGUGCUUUGCGCGCAGAUAGCAGGUAGUACAGUGAGCCGCGAGCCGCGUUGUUUUAUUGCGUGGAGGGACGUGAGACGGCCGCAGCGCGCGCCGCACUUCUGCUUUCCGCCUCCCUCCAUGCUGGAGCUCCGUCUCCGCUCAGCAGCGUUUCCCGACCAGCCCGAAGUCAGCCGAAGACAUGGACGCCUUCGUGCGGGUGUGUAAUUAUCUCCAGGACCCCCGGCACGUCGCCAGGUUCCAGAAUGUCUGCGGCGUCAAGGGGACGUUUCCGGAUAAAGCGGCGCGGCGGCCGGAGCCGGAGCAGGAGCCAGAGCCGGAGCGACCCGCCGGGCUGAGGCGGAGGGGGCAGCCGGGGCCACAGAGCUCCGAGCCGGGCAUGGGGAACGGAGCGGCGGGGGAUGCCGCCGCGCCGAGAGUUAACGGGAUGCAGAGCAGCGACGACCCCGCCGGGCCCGGCGGCUGCGGAGCCGAGGCGGAGGCGGCGGACAUCACCCGGGCCAAGCCGCUCCGGAGGAACUCCCUGACCGGGGACGUGGGUCAGGAGUUCCUCAUCCACAACAAGUUCCUCUUCUACCUGUUCACCUUCGGGACCGAGCUGGGCAACGAGAUGUUCUUCAUCGUCUUCUUCCCCUUCGUCUUCUGGAACAUCGACCCGCUGGUCAGCCGCAGGCUCAUCGUGGUCUGGGCCUGGAACCUGUUCGUGGGACAGUCCACCAAGGACAUGGUCCGCUGGUCCCGGCCCGCCUCCCCCCCGGUGGUCAAGGUGGAGGUCUUCUACAACUCCGAGUACAGCAUGCCGUCCACGCACGCCAUGACGGGCACCGCCAUCCCCUUCUGCCUCUUCAUGCUGACCUACGGACGGUGGCAGUACUCGUUCCUGUUCGGCUUCAGCGUGGCUCUCAGCUGGAGCGUCCUGGUGUGUGUGAGCCGAGUCUACAUGGGGAUGCACUCUAUUCUGGAGGUGAUCACCGGCUUCCUCUACAGCCUCCUCAUCCUCGCCUUCUUCCACCCCAUCCUGGACAAGAUCGACACCUUCUACAUGACGGAGGCGUCGGCCCCGCUGGCCAUCGUGGUGUCGCACGUGAGCCUGGGGCUGGUGGCGUUCUCCCUGGACUCGUGGAGCACCUCCCGGGGCGACACGGCCCAGGCGCUGGGCACCGGCGCCGGCGCCGCCCUGGCCAGCCACGUGAACUACCAGCUGGGGCUGCUGGCCGACCCGCCGCUGUCCUCGCUGCCGCUGGCGCUGCCGGCCAUCACCGCCGGCCUGCUGCUGCGCUCGCUGCUGCGCUUCUUCAUCGGGGUGGCCGUCCUGCUGCUCACCCGGAUGGCGAUGAAGUCCGUGACCAUCCCCUUCCUGUGCGGACUCUUCGGGCUGCCGUCCGACGACGUGCGGCGGGCGCGGCAGCACAUGCGGGUGGAGCUGCCGUACCGCUACAUAGUCUACAGCGUGGUGGGCUUCAGCUGCGUCUGCUUCGUGCCUCUCCUCUUCAAGGUCUUCGGCCUCGACUGAAAACUCUGUCCGUCCGGCCGACGCCUCCAUCAGCACGAAGGGCGGCGGCACGCCGAAACACGCCGCCCGUCUCGUGACGGAUCCGUCUCUGCAUGAUAGAAGUCGACUUAAAAGAUAAAUCUGAUGAUAUUGAAAAAUCCAGUGUCAAAAGAACAAAACCAACAAUUUAAAACGUAUCAUCAGUCGCUGAUGUCCGGUUUUAUUUCCACUCUUCGUUUAUUUCAGCUUCAUCUUCCAGAUGCUGCUAUAAAAAUGGACAAGUAUUAUUUUUAUUACCAGUCCAGUGGUAUUACUCGAAAGACACCAUCCAGUGCUUCAGUAUAGUGUAGAGAGGAAGAUAAAAAAAGAGGAAGCUUCAUGCUAAAAUACAGUUUGUUGACCAGUGUUCUGUGACGCCCUGCUGGCUCUGGUCUUUUUGUUUCUCUCAGUUUUAAAGUCUGUAAUUCAUCCAGAGAUAUCACCCGCCUUAUCUUUUAAGUCCUGCGGUCGGCGCGCGAGCGUUGACUGGAGCUGUCUAUCAGACGUACUGUAUCGCCUGUAUUCACCUGUUGUACAUUUCCAUCGUCCGUCAGAGUAUCUAGCUGUGUUAUCUGAGAGCUUCGUGCAUUAACAAUAAACCAAAUCCAUGAACCAGUCCAGUCUGAAGUCGCUUCACUUCUCGCGAUGGGAAACAAACAAAGCCCGGAAGCAAUAACAGCAACCCCGCAGACGUUGGCGUUGGUAGUUAGUGAUCCCCGCUGCUUCCUCUAUUUUUCUACAUUACCGCCGGCAGCAUUAUCUCCUCACCUCUCUUUUCUACAGUUUCCUGUGUCACAAAUCUUUUCUUUUGCAAUUUUGGCCUAAAUUUCAUUUAAAGCGCUCUUUGACGCAGGGAACUCUGAAAGCAAAUAUUUUUGAUAAAUUAUUUUGUUGUGAUUAUCUUGAGAUAAAUUAUUGCUCUCAAAAAAAAAAAAAGAUUAUAAAUAUUUUAUUACAAGAAAUUCCAGACAUUUCAGUAUCUGUAAAGUAUUUGACUCUAGAACUGUUGUAGCUGUGAUUUGUUGUGUUGUUUAAAUAACUUCCAAUAUUAAUGCCAAACUGAUACCGUGAAAAGCUCCCGGAGCUUUUUAAAGGCCUGCUGGUGUUGCUGUCAUAUCCCCCAUCUUUUUAUGUUAUGCAACAACUGUAUUUAAAAUGUGUCUGUUGAAAAAAUAAAAAU